AUGACACCAAGAAACCUUUCAGAUAUCACAGAAUUCCUUCUUCUGGGACUGUCUGAGGAUCCAGAGCUGCAGCCCGUCUUUUUUGGGCUGUUCCUAUCCAUGUACCUGGUCACCGUGCUGGGGAACCUGCUCAUCAUCCUGGCUGUCAUCUCCGACUCCCACCUGCACACCCCCAUGUACUUCUUCCUCUCCAACCUGUCCUUCGUAGACAUCUGUUUCACCACCACCACCCUCCCCAAGAUGCUGGUGAACAUCCAGACACAGAGCAAGGCCAUCAGUUAUGCGGGCUGCCUCACCCAAAUCGGCUUUGUCUUGGUUUUCGUGGGGAUGGAAAACGGCAUUCUGGUAAUGAUGGCUUAUGAUCGAUUUGUGGCCAUCUGUCACCCACUGAGGUACAAUGUCAUCAUGAACCCCAAACUCUGUGGGCUGCUGGCUCUGCUGGUCUUCUCCAUUAGCGUUCUAGACGCCCUGCUCCACACAUUGAUGGCACUGCGGCUGUCCUUCUGCGCAGACGUGGAAGUCCCCCACUUUUUCUGUGAACUCGCUCACGUCCUCAAGCUCGCCUGCUCUGACAUCCUCGUCAAUAACAUCCUGGUGUAUGUCGUGACCAGCCUGCUGGGUGUGCUUCCUCUCUCUGGGAUCAUUUUCUCUUACGUUCAGAUUGUCUCCUCUGUCUUGAAAAUCCCAUCAGCUGGUGGGAAGUAUAAAGCUUUUUCCAUCUGUGGGUCUCACUUGCUAGUGGUUUCUUUGUUCUAUGGGACCGGUUUUGGGGUGUACCUCAGUUCCGCAUCUACCCACUCAUCCAGGAGGAGCGCAAUAGCGUCGGUGAUGUACACUGUGGUCACCCCCAUGGGGAACCCCUUUAUUUACAGCCUAAGGAACAAGGACAUGCUGGGAGCUUUGAAGAAACUCAUGUCUAGAGCAUUACCUUUGCACUGA